AGAUCAUGAUUUUGGAAGGAGCUGGCAGGAUGAGUAUCAAUUCCAGCAGCAAUCUACUCCACCAACAGCCUUCCUGGACAGACGGAUAUUCCACGUGCAAUGUGUCCGGCAGCUUCUAUGGAACCCAGUGGCAUGAAAUACACCCGCAGUACUGGACUAAGUUUCAAGUCUGGGAGUGGCUGCAGCAUCUCCUUGAUACCAAUCAACUGGAUGCCAACUGCAUCCCCUUCCAGGAGUUUGAUAUCAACGGGGAACAUCUGUGCAGUAUGAGCCUGCAGGAAUUCACUCAGGCAGCUGGGACAGCAGGGCAACUGCUUUACAGCAAUCUUCAGCACCUAAAAUGGAAUGGCCAGUGUGGAAGUGACAUGUACCAAUCUCAUAAUGUCAUUGUGAAGACGGAGCAAGCAGAUCCGUCGUUAAUGCUUUCCUGGAAAGAAGAGAAUUACCUGUAUGACAGUGGCUAUGGUAGCACAGUAGAGCUAUUGGACAGCAAAACAUUCUGUCGUGCUCAGAUUUCCAUGACGACACCUAGUCACCAGCCUCCUGAUUCUUCAGAUGUGAAAAAAUCGCAAGAUCAUACCCCAAAGUCCCACACCAAGAAGCACAACCCUCGAGGAACUCAUCUUUGGGAAUUUAUUCGAGAUAUUCUUCUCAAUCCUGAGAAAAACCCGGGACUAAUCAAAUGGGAAGACCGGUCAGAAGGUGUCUUCAGAUUUUUAAAAUCCGAAGCUGUGGCUCAGCUCUGGGGAAAGAAGAAAAACAACAGCAGCAUGACUUACGAGAAACUCAGCCGGGCUAUGAGAUACUAUUAUAAAAGAGAAAUCCUGGAGCGUGUGGAUGGCCGAAGAUUAGUAUAUAAAUUUGGAAAGAAUGCCCGUGGCUGGAGAGAAAAUGAGAAUUAAAUAUGUCAAGAAAUAACAUUUAAAACACCUGGUUGUAAAUAUUCAAAGACUAUUUUCUUAUAUUUAUGUACCAAACUGGGCUGAAAACCAAUUCUACUUUUCUACUUCUGUCGGGAAGAAGGAACAUUAUCAUUACUGUUGUUAAAAUUAUUUUAUUUGAAGUAUGUCCUGUAUGGGGAAAAAAUGUACACAGUUUUCUGUGAUAUAAGAUAACAUUAUAGAAUUAUGAUUAUUUUUC